AUGAGUCCAUUUUUAGAUAACGACGGAAUUCUCAAGGUGGGCGGCAGAUUGCAGAGAUCCGCUAUUAAUCAUGACAAAAAAUACCUGAUUUUGCUGCCAGCAAGGUGUCGAUUUGAAUUGUUCUUUGAGCGAGAACAUUGUUGUAUGCUAUAUGCCGGUCUACAAGCUUUCUUCAAUUCGGGAAAGAUUUUGGCCUUUAACGGCCGUAAUACUGCUCAUAGAAUAGUAAGGAAAUGCAUAACUUGUUUCAAGAUUAAGCCAAAGUUGUCAGACCAAACAAUGAGAUCAUUGCCACCUGAUAGGGUUACCGCUUGUCAACGAGUAUCUUCGAUAGUGGGAAUUGAUUAUGCUGACCCUAUUGUUACAGUUGCGAAUAAAGACCGAGGACAAAGAAGUCGCAAAUCAUAUAUUGCGUUGUUCAUAUGCUUUUCGACCAAAGCGAUUCAUUUAGAAGCAGUCAACGAGUUGAUAUCGAGUGCGUUCUUGGCUGCAUUGCGCCGUUUUGUGAGCAGACGAGAUUAUCCGCAAAAAAUUUAUAGCGACAAUAUCACUAAUUUCGUCAGCAAAAAGAGAGCUUGA